UAAAAAUAAUUUUAAUACAAAAUUUAGAAUAAAAGCCGGCGAGAUCCUUACCUUCUAAACUUUCAUAUUUUUGGAUAAAUAUUUGAAUAUGAUAAUUUUAUAACAUUUAAAUCAACAAGUAGAGUUAGAAAUAUUGGUUAGAAAAUGAGUACUAUUACUUCUGAAGAUUUAUUACAGAAACAUCGAAAAGAACGUAAAGAUUUACAAGCUAAAAUACAAUCGAUUAAAAAAACUGCCGAUAAAAAAAAGAAAAAAGAAACUGCUGAAAAAAUAGCUCAAUUGGAAGCAGAUUUAAAAGCUCAACAGCAAAUAGAGUUAGAUCAAUUAAAAGAUUUAACUAUUGAUAAUAAUACAAAUAAAGAAUGCUCCGAGAAAGAAGUUGAAGAAGUUCCGCAACAGUGCGAAAAAAUAUCUAAAGCACAACGUCGACGAAAUAAGAAAACUCAACAUGAAUUAGAAAAUCAACGACGUAUUGCUGAACAAGAAAUUGAAAAUGAAGCAGGCCCUAGAAAUGUAGAGUCUUUAGCGAUAAAAAAAAUUUUAGAUUCUAAGGGUUUGCAAUUACAUACAAUCCCAUCAGAUGGCGAUUGCUUGUAUCAAGCAGUUAAUCAUCAAUUAGAAAUAAAUGGUUUAAGUACUCCAGGAGUUGCUAGUUUACGUCGGGAUACCGCAAAAUACAUGCGUGAACAUAAAAAUGAUAUGAUACCGUUUAUGAUUACGGAAGAUGGUGAUAUAAUGUCUGACAUUGGUUUUGAUGAUUAUUGCAAUCGUAUUGAAACCACUAAAGCUUGGGGUGGACAACUUGAAUUAACUGCCUUAUCUGAAAUACUUAAAUGCCAAAUACAUAUUUUACAAGCGACUGGUCCUCCUACCAUAUUGGGUGAUCAAUUUACAAAGUCUACUCCAUUAGUUUUAACGUAUCAUAGACAUAUGUAUGGACUUGGUGAACAUUAUAAUUCUACAAAAGCAGCCGUGGUUGAAGAAGCACAAGAUGAUUUUUAAAUAAAUGUUCUGUACGAUAUGUGUAAUAUAGAUAUAAUGUUUAAGGAUUAAUAAAAUGCAAUAUCAUUGUUUUAAAA